UUGUUCUAUAACAAGCUCAGCUAGGGUUUGUACCCAAUGAGGAAGCCUUGCUGUGAGAAGACAGAGAUAACUAAAGGAGCAUGGUCUAAGCAAGAAGAUCAGAAACUCAUUGAUUACAUCCAAAAACAUGGGGAAGGUUGUUGGAAUUCCCUUCCUAAGGCUGCAGGCUUGCGACGCUGCGGUAAAAGUUGUCGACUGAGAUGGAUAAACUAUCUGAGACCAGAUCUUAAACGCGGAAGCUUUGGAGAAGAUGAAGAGGACCUCAUCAUCAGGCUUCAUGCACUCCUCGGGAACCGGUGGUCAUUGAUAGCAGGAAGACUGCCAGGAAGGACAGACAACGAGGUGAAGAAUUACUGGAACUCCCAUAUAAGGAAAAAGCUAGUAAAGAUGGGUACCACUACUACUACUAGUACGGCUCUUGAUCAGAAAAAAUCCCAUCACCGCGACAACAAGGUACCACUACUAUUGCAGCCUGAUGCUAGAAAUCCAAUAUUAUUUAGGCCACCUGCGACGAGGACGGAUCAGAAGCGUGCGCCUAAUCAUAAUGAUGAGGUGGACGUCUCGGAUUCCAUGAGUAUUAACGGUGGUAAUCAACUUCAAACAGGUGUUAUAAUGAGCAAAAAAAGCUGCUGUUUGCCUGACUUAAAUCUUGACCUCACUCUAAGUCUCCAGUUGGCUGUGGGAGAGAGGCAGCAAUCUGAUAUCUGAAAGUAAAACGUAUCCGUCCCUCCCACCCACCACGAUGACCUUCCAGG